AUUUUAUAUCAAAAAAAUGAGAAAAUUUUGUGGAAGUUUGCUGUCAUUUCUUGUGGUAAUGGCCAUAUCAUUCGCAGCCGCAAUAGCUGUGGCGGCGAUCGUAUCAAACCUAUCAUCCAAUUGGAAACCGGACGACAAGACUCAGUUGGAUCCGCGGCCGCGACUCUUCGCUAUACUCAACAUGUUUUCAGUUUGUAUCCGUCGAAUAUUCCACCAGCCAUCAGCAUGGGCAUCUUUCCCCAUUGGCAGUAAGUGUGCCUGCAUCAAGUGGCCGUGUGAUAAAAAUGACCCAUGUCAUCCCGGAUUUGACUAUUCGCUCACUGGUUCAUAAGAUUAAAGUGACCA